AUGGCGGUGGUGAGCGAGAAACAGGACGAACCAACUCCCAAUCCUGAUGUUGGUGUUGCUGAACCAAGGAUCGUAGAGUCCACCAGUGGAAAAACUUGUCACCAGUGUCGUCAAAAGAGAAGUGAUAUUGUUGGGUCGUGCGUGACCAAGAAGCGAGACAAGACAUGUCCGAUGAAGUUCUGUCCCAAGUGCUUAUUGAACAGGUAUGGAGAGAACGCAGAAGAGGUUGCCUUGAGUACCGAUUGGGUUUGUCCCAAGUGUAGGGGCAACUGCAACUGUAGUCUCUGCAUGAAGAAACGUGGUCAGAGGCCUACUGGGAUAUUGGUGCACACAGCUAAAGCAACUGGGUUCUCUUCUGUUUCUGAGUUUCUUAAAACUGAGGGUUCUGACAAAUACUUUUAUCAGAGGAAGGUGAAACCGGAAGAUGCUGUUGUAGCUUCACCAGAACUUGGUCAGGAGAAUUCGAUUGAGCAAAACAAUGUUGAGAUUAAAAAAUCGAAGAAAUCUAAACGCGAAGAGCUUAAGGAUAUGAAUAACGGCUCUGGUGAUGAUCAUGCUGCAGUAGAAAAGAGCAGUCCAAAAAGGAGCAAGGUUUCUGAUUCCGUAGCUGAGACGGAUGUUGCUAAAGGAAAAAAUAAGAAGGCUGCUGCUAAGGAUGUCAAGGGAAACAACAUCGCCGGUAAGAUCACGAGAACCAAACCCGUUCUCAAAAAGAAAGAGGAGUAUCAGCUUGAGGAGGUUAAUCUACCUCAGGGAGAAGGCAUCAGCUUCAUUGUUGAUUCUGGCAUUGAAUUUCCACCUGAAGAUGCUGGAAGUGUAUUUCAGUUUUUGGAGUUUUGUUCAGCUUUUGGAAAGGCUCUUGAUCUGAGGAAAGGACAAGCUGAAUGUGUUAUACGUGAAAUGUUUUCCGGGAGAAGCACGAGGAGACAACAACAUUCUACGCUCACCCAGAUGAUAAUCCAAUUACUGACUGUGAUAUUGGAAGAUAGAGGAGCAACUUCGGUUUGCCUGAGUGCAACUGAUGAUACUUGGUUCACUGCUGUUGGAGAAUGUCUUUCGGAAUCAGAAGUUCAGGUUGAUGACUUCCCUCCUGAGAUGUUUGAAAAAGGCAUUUCUGCUUAUGAGAACUUGGAUUCAUCAAACCGGCUUAAGCUUUUGAAUUUCUUAUGUGAUGAAGCACUUGGCACAUCGGUUCUGAGGAAUUGCAUUGAUAACAUUGAAGCUAUUGAAAGGAAAAAGGAAGCAAAAGAAAAGUUGAAUGCAGCAAAAGAUAAGGAGAAACAACUGAAGCAGAAGUUGCAAGAUGAGUUGGCCAAAGCUGUAACAGAGAACAACGGGAUUCCGUUGACUCUUGAAAAGCGUAUUGCAAUUGUAUCACAAAUGAAUGCUGAAAGUGAAGAAGUUCGUUCUGAAAUGCAAACUGCAAUGGACAUGCUACCGAAAAAGAGUCAAGGAUAUGAUGAUGCUCUUAGGACCAACCCGGUCGAAGUUGAUGAUAAUGGUCUUAGAUUCUGGAAAUUGAAGUCUUUUAAUGAAGAACCAAAUAUUUUGGUCCAAGAGUUAGGAAGCAGGAGUGAAUUAUGUCCUCAUGAAAAAUGGUCUGCCUUUAGCCCUGAGCAGAAACCAGAGAUAGAGAAAUACAUCUCUUUCGUAAGGAUGAAACGGCGUCGAGCAAUGAAGAACUCAAAUACUAGUCCUGAGUCUCAGGAUUUAGUUUUAGCUGAGAGCACAUAA